CGCGCCGCUCCCGGUUCGGACCGCAGCUCGGCACUGGGCGGCCACGGGCUGGCCUUGCAGCUUGUAGGACUACCAGGAUGGAGGGGCAUGCUGACAUGGAGAUGCUGAAGACACUGAAGGGCCCUUCCACAGGGGAGGUCAGCGUGCACCUGGUGACCAGAGACAGCCCAGGUUCUGGUCCUCAUCUACCGACAACUGCCUUCAUUAUUCCAGCCAGCUCAGCCACCCUUGGCUUGCCCAGCAGUGCCCUGGAUGUGUCCUGCUUUCCUCGGGAGCCAAUCCAUGUGGGCGCCCCAGAGCAAGUGGCCAGCAGCGAACCAGUCACAACCACAGUUCUGCCACAGCUGAGCGCGGGGCAAGCAACCAGCGCUAGUGCCAGCACAGUGCGGCUUCUGGAGUGGACAGAGGCCACGGCACCGCCCUCGGGGGGCGGCCUGCGGUUCCGGAUAAGCGAGUUCGCACCACUGAACAUGGUGGGAGUGGAGCAGACACCGAGCCCUGAGCUGCGGAGGGAAGGUGUGACAGAAUACGAAGAUGGCGGGGCCCCUGCGGGAGGUGGCAAGAUGAGCACCGAACAGCCAGAAGACCUCCCCCAGGACCCUCCAGAAGAUCCUUCUCAGGACCCCCCAGAGGAUGAUAGCACCUGUCAGUGCCAGGCCUGCGGGCCUCAGCAAGGCUCUGGUCCAGAGCUUGGUUCCUCCAGUGGUGGCUGCCCACAGCUGUUCCAGGAGCGGUCAGUCAUAGUGGAGAACUCAGGCUGCGCCGAUGCUUCUGAACUCCUCAAACCCAUGAAGAAGAGGAAGCGCAGGGAAUACCAGAGCCCAUCAGAGGAGGAGUCGGAGCCCGAGGCCACGGAGAAGCAAGAGGAAGGAAAGGAUCCAGAGGGACAGCCCACCGCUAGCACGCCAGAGAGCGAGGAGUGGAGCAGCAGCCAGCCUGCAUCAGGUGAGAAGAAGGAAGGCUGGUCGUGGGAGGCCUACCUCGAGGAGCAGAAGGCCAUCACCGCCCCGGUCAGCCUCUUCCAGGACUCCCAGGCAGUCACCCACAACAAGAACGGCUUCAAACUGGGCAUGAAGUUGGAAGGCAUUGACCCUCAGCACCCAUCCAUGUACUUCGUCCUCACUGUGGCCGAGGUGUGUGGCUAUCGCCUCCGUCUGCACUUUGAUGGGUAUUCCGAGUGCCAUGACUUCUGGGUCAACGCCAACUCUCCUGACAUUCACCCUGCCGGCUGGUUUGAGAAGACUGGGCACAAGCUGCAGCCUCCUAAAGGUUACAAGGAGGAGGAGUUCAGCUGGAGCCAGUACCUGCGCAGCACAAGAGCUCAGGCUGCCCCCAAGCACCUGUUUGUGAGCCAGAGCCACAGCCCCCCACCCCUGGGCUUCCAGGUGGGCAUGAAGCUGGAGGCUGUUGACCGCAUGAACCCAUCCCUCGUCUGCGUGGCCAGUGUGACUGACGUGGUGGACAGCCGCUUCCUGGUGCACUUUGACAACUGGGAUGACACUUAUGACUACUGGUGUGAUCCCAGCAGCCCCUACAUCCACCCAGUGGGCUGGUGCCAGAAGCAAGGAAAGCCCCUGACCCCUCCACAAGACUACCCAGACCCUGAUAGCUUCUGUUGGGAGAAAUAUCUAGAAGAGACUGGGACUAAUGCUGUGCCCACCUGGGCCUUCAAGAUGCGACCCCCUCAUAGCUUCCUGGUCAACAUGAAGCUGGAGGCUGUGGACCGCAGGAACCCAGCACUGAUACGUGUGGCCAGCGUGGAGGAUGUAGAGGACCAUCGGAUCAAGCUCCACUUUGAUGGCUGGAGUCACAGCUAUGACUUCUGGAUUGAUGCUGACCACCCGGACAUCCACCCGGCGGGCUGGUGCUCCAAGACAGGACAUCCCCUGCAGCCGCCUCUCCGGCCCAGAGAGCCCAGCUCUGCCUCCCCUGGGGGCUGUGCCCCUCUCAGCUGCAGGAGCUUGCCCCAUGCCAGGACCUCCAAGUACAGCUUUCACCACCGGAAGUGCCCCACUCCUGGCUGUGACGGCUCUGGCCACGUCACAGGCAAGUUCACAGCCCACCACUGCCUCUCAGGCUGUCCCCUGGCCGAGAGGAACCAAAGCCGGCUGAAAGCAGAGCUGUCUGACACGGAGGCCUCGGCCCGCAAGAGGCACCUCUCGGGCUUCUCACCAAGGAAGAAGACUCGCCAUCACGGCCGCAUUGGACGUCCUCCAAAGUAUCGGAAGAUUCCACAGGAAGAUUUCCAGACACUCCCUCCCGACGUCGUGCACCAGUCCCUCUUCAUGUCGGCCCUGGCAGCCCACCCUGACCGCUCCCUGUCUGUGUGUUGGGAGCAGCACUGCAAGCUCCUGCCGGGGGUGGCAGGCAUCUCAGCCUCAACGGUUGCCAAGUGGACCAUCGAUGAGGUCUUCGGCUUUGUUCAAACCCUGACAGGCUGUGAGGACCAGGCACGCCUCUUCAAGGACGAGAUGAUUGACGGCGAGGCCUUCCUUUUGCUGACACAGGCGGACAUUGUGAAGAUCAUGAGCGUCAAGCUGGGCCCAGCCUUGAAGAUCUAUAAUGCCAUCCUCAUGUUCAAAAACGCCGAUGACACCUUAAAGUGACUGGCUCUUGGCCUGGUCCCCCUCUGUCCUUGCUGGGCUUUCCUUUCCAGCUGAGGCUCCUUCUUGACUUGAGCUCCUCAUCCCCCGCUCAUGCCCCUACCCUCUGUGUCUGACCAGGGCUGGUCCUUCCUAGCAGGUGGUGGAGCAGAGGAGUCCUGGAGUCCUGGCCCUUGCCCUGGGGCUCACUUGCUGCCAGGCACACUGGAGAGGAAUGUGUUGGCCGUGCCCUGCCAUUGGCCACCCAGCAUCUUUAGCCAACUUGUGUAAUCACUGAAGGGUCUUUUUCUUGGCAGCUCGGGAGAACAGGAGUCCUCCAGUCCCCUUUCCUUUUUUGGUGUCUCUGUGUACGUUCCUUGGCUCCUUUCCUCCUGCCAAGAAGUGACCCUGCCACAGACAUAAUUAUUUGUGAGGGCCCUUCUCUUCUGUCACUGGCUUGGCUGUUCUCCUCCUGCAGCCUGGUUUUAUGAGCAGUGUCCCCAGCUGUGCUCAACCAGCCUACUGGCUCUCCCUGUUAGACGUGUGUGCCUCAGAGAUAUGCCAUAGGACCCACUGUGGGAGUCCCCCUUUUACCCAGAAGUUGAGGAUUCUGAACUAAGAUAGCUUCUCAAACACGUCCAGUUCUAAGCCACUUGGCAUUUCGGUGUUCCACAUCAAGUCCUAGCUCCAGAAGGAUGAGCCGGUGGUCAGCCUUUGUACGUGAGCAGAGGCUGAGGCUCCCCACACACUCUUCCUGUAUUGGGCCCAAGGAGGAGCAAACCUGGCCUGGUAGGUGGGCUAGGCCAGGAGACCAACCCUUGGUUUUUCAGACAAUCUCGGGUCUUUGGCUAGAGGGGCAGAUCCAGCAAGUAUGGUGGCCACCAAAGCUGGGCACGGCACCUCUGCAGCCAGGGCUCUCAAACAAGGUAUUGCCUAUGGUAGGGCCUUGUACCUGCCAGGCUACCCUGUCGAGCAACUCACCCUGUGACACUACAUUCUCUCUGUCCCUUACAUGUUUAUCAUGUGCUCUUCGGAGCCUUCCAAGACCACUCUAAGUUGGAAGUUGGGAAGGAAGACUUUCUGAUCUUGAAUUUCAUGGGUCCCUCAAGCCCUUCCUACCACUCACUGCCAGCUAAGUCCUUGCUGAGGCUCUAAGAUCUCACUCAAGUGGGAGCCUAGCCUCCACUGAGCCACUGCCAGACCUGCCUCCCUGCCUGGGUGGGAAGGGCCAGAGCCCCUCACCCACCUGGUGGUGAGGAGCCAUUAAUAAGGCCCGGCCCAGAGUCCUUCUCCAGGCUCCAUCUGUCAUUUGUAAGCCAGGUGUGUAUGUGUGUGUUAGUGCACGUGUGAGUGUAGCGCUCAGAAACUUAUGCAACAGUGCAGAUGUGAGGCUCCAUGUUGGGAAAAUGUCAAGGGCUAUUAUUGUUAACACAUGAAGCUUUAUUGUUUCCUUAGACUUGGGAAACCCAGAGUGCUGUUGGUUUCCUGCACAGCUCCGUAGGGAGUCACCUUCAAAGGCAGCUCUGAGUAUGACCUUCCUGGGAGGAAACAGGCAGGGCCUGCCACAGGCUGUGAGUCGGGCUUACCGAGGUGACAU